AUGGAGAAAAGUCAGAGUUCUGGGUCGGUUUCGAGCAACAAGCUGAGUCGAGGUGGUCCUGUCUGUAAGUGUGGGAGGUCGACAACAAUGCUGAAGGCAUGGACGAAUGAAAAUCCAGGUAGAAGAUUUUUUAAAUGUGAUGCACAUGGAUUUGUUGCUUGGGCUGAUGAAGAAAAGCCUUACGGCUGGCAGAAGAUGAGCUUACUAGAGGCACGGGAUGAGAUUCGUCAUAACAAAGAAGAAAUCAAGUUGCUUAAGGAAUCUGUGAAAGCACUUACCAACCAAGCCAUGAGUGAGACAACAACAGCUGCAACUUCGGAUUCAAGGAUCGAAGAAGAGAAGAAAAAGCUUGAGUAUGAAAUCAUGGUCUCAAAAGAGAGAGAGAAGAUGAUGCGGCAAUUCAUUAUUAUCUCAUGGGAUGGUUUCAUUAUUGUGGUAGGAAUGUUUCUUGCGAUCAAAAAGUAG